AUAUCAGUCCAGCUGCGGUCGGUCAGUUCGGAGUCCGUCAUCUGCGGGAGCUCCACACACAUACACACACUCUCAUACACUUAUUUACACACACUCUUAUAUACACACACUCACAGGAUGGCCACAGAGAGCAGCGGCGGCGUCUGGGACUCACUGAGGAAGGCAGCGUUCGUCAUCGGCUCCGGGCUCUUCUUCCUCAUCGGCUUCAGAAACUCAGUCACAUGGCAUCUGCAGAGGUUUUGGGGAGCGUCUGGAGACUUCUGGCAGACGCAGUGGAGCCGCAUCCACCAGGCCAUGGGCGGAAACCAGACCGCACUCUUCUUCAUCGGCACUAUGCUGGUGCCCACCCUCUCCUUCUGGCUGUUCAAUGCUCUGCUGAUGUUGGUGGACAUCACCGGAAAACCAAACUUCAUCACACGCUACAGGAUUCAGAGCGACAAAAACAACCCGGUGGACUCGGGCAGGCUGUGGCAUGCGGUGAAGACGGUGCUGUUUAAUCAGGUGUGUCUGUCGGGGCCGGUGGUGGCGCUGACCUUCCAGCUGAUGCGGCUGCGUGGAGACCCCUGCGGCCCCGAGCUGCCCACCUUCCACUGGGUGCUGCUGGAGCUGGCCCUCUGCGGCCUGAUGGAGGAGAUCCUCUUCUACUACACACACCGGCUUGUUCACCAUCCGUCGCUCUAUAAGAGCAUCCAUAAGAUCCAUCACGAGUGGACGGCUCCUGUAGGGGUGGUGGCGCUCUACGCUCAUCCGGUCGAGCAUGUGUUGUCCAACAUGCUGCCGGCUCUGAUGGGGCCGCUCCUGCUGGGCUCCCACGUCUCCACCACCAGCCUGUGGUUCACCAUCGCUCUGCUGGUCACCACCGUCUCCCACUGCGGGUACCACCUGCCCCUGCUGCCCUCGCCAGAGUUCCACGACUACCACCAUCUCAAGUUUAAUCAGUGUUAUGGCGUGUUAGGAGUGUUGGAUCGUCUGCACGGCACAGAUGAGAAGUUCAGAAACUCUCGAGCGUACGAGCGGCACACGGUUCUGCUGGGUCUGACGCCGCUGAGCGAGAGUAUCCCUGAACACAGCAAGAAAACACAGCAGUGAGCGAGCGCAGUGUGUACAGCCUGCUGAUCAGUGUACUGCACUGCACUACACACACACACACACACACACACACACACACACACAGAGGAGGAAACCUGCAAACAGCACUCACACACACACUGGGAUUAUGAAGAACUAACAUUACUGGAGAACCUGCAGCUCUACUGAAUCUCCAACAUGUAGAGUCUGUGUGAAGUCAGAAUCCACGACAGAAUUGACCAGCGCUGCAGGAUACUGGAGAAUCUGCCAUGAUCCACUGCAGUCAGAGUGAUCAGCGCUGCGGUUUAUUUCCUCUCCAUCAGUUUAUUAUCAUCAUAAUAGUGUUAAUAACUCAUCUCUAAUAACUGAUGUCUUUUCUCUUCAUCAUGAUGACAGCACAUAAUAUUAGACUAGAUAUUCUUCAAGACACUAGUAUUCAGCUUAUAGUGACAUUUAAAGGCUUCACUAGGGUAAUUAGGGUAAAGUUAGGGUAAUUAGGCAAGUCAUUGUAUAACAGUGGUUUAUUCUGGAGAUAAUCCAACACUAAUAUUGCUGAAGGGGCUAAUAAUAUUGAGCUUAAAAUGGCUUUAAAACUAUUAAAAACUGCUUUUAUUCUAGCUGAAAUAAAACUAAUCAGACUUUCUCCAGAAGAACAAAUAUAUAUCCUUCUGUUGAUGUCAAUCUGAGGGUUUCCAUAGCAACUGGAUAUUAAUAUUCUUAGCCACGCCCCUCUUAAUGUUCGUUUAGCACUUUAGGGAGUGAUGCACUAAAGAAGGCCCCGCCCCCUACUGAAUAUUCAGUGUCAGGACGUACGUCAACAUGCUGUAAUAAAAGUACGCAGACUGACUUUAAUAUUGAUUCAUUGAUCAUUAAAUCAUCAUUAAAUCACACACACACACACACACACACAAACACGUGUGUUCUGGUGGUCGUUUACUGUAGGGAAUCUUUCUGAGAGCGAGCGAGCGCUGGUGAUUUCACCACUGGAGCUCUCUCCUCAGCCAAUCAGAGCUGAGCGUGAGUCAGGCAGGCUCCAUCAGCUGAUCCUGAGUGCAGUGGUGAUGGCCUUCCUCCCUCCUUUAUCUCUCUUUAUCUCUCGAGUCUGUGUUCUCAUGUUGUGUCUGAAGAGCUCUAAUGUCUGUACAGCAAACUGAUUAAUGAUGUGUAAUUAAAAUGAAGUGUUUUAGAUUUGAA